GAAUAUUUGGUCUAGCGUUAAAAUCAAAAUUUGUUGGUUAGUGCACAUCACAAUAUUUUCUCCAAUUUCUGUAAGCUAUAGUUUUGGAUUAAAGAGUGUUAAUUUAUUCUUAGUUUGUAACAUUUUUUGAUAAUCUAAAACAAGAUUGUUAGCAAAGAUGUUCAAAGUUCACUGUUUAUUAAAUGUCACUCCAAACGGAUUACCUAUCGCAGCGAAUAUCAAAAAUGAACCAAAUGAAUGAACUAUUGGAAGAGUUGCAGAAACUGGAGAAUAGUCGCGAGCAAGUGCAUCUGGAGGAGCCCAGCAGCGCCAAUGAGACGAAGCGAUUAAUCGAACUGGAACUAAGCAGAGCGCAGCAUUUCAGUAGCCAGCGUUCUUCCAUUCUGCUGAAUUUGCAGCAAGAAACUGACAACUUUGUGGCCAUAAGGCGUGAAGAGAUCCAGCAGGCUGAGCUGGAUUCCAUGGCACUGGCCGAUCUCUGCGGGCAAAUACGCCAAAUCAACCAGGAACUGGACAGGAUGUACGAGGUUAACGACUGCCCCAUCUGCCAAGAGUGCUGUGAAGUGGGUGGCAGUCAUUGUCUGGUGUCACUACGAUGUGGCCACCUUUUUGGCAGGAACUGCAUCCGAAAUGCCAUCCGGAAAUCAAAACAGUGCCCCAUUUGUUUGCGCGGAGCACGUCAUUCCCAUAUGCGCCGGAUCUACGGCUUGGCACAUUUCCCUUUUUAAACUACCUUAAAUUAUGUAUUUUCAUUUUAAA